UCCCCGCCCCUUAGCCCAAAAAGAAGCCAGCAAACCACGAACGGCGUUAUCGGCAAAGCCAAAGCACAGCUACCAAAGGGCACCCACCAGUCUAUCUGUGUGGGCUGUAGCUACAGAGGAGGUUUACUGGGUGUCCUUAGCGUUUGACUGUGCGGAGGCUAGAGCGAGAGGAUAAUGUGCUGCACAGGGAAGUGUGCCCGACUGGUGGGCCUCAUAUUGCUGCCUUCGGCGUUUGCCUGCAUGAUCGCUAACCUGCUUCUCUUCUUCCCCAAUGGGGACAGUGUGGAAAGCGGCAACAUCUCUCUACAAGUGUGGCUGAUGGGCGGCUUGAUCGGAGGAGGACUCUUUAUGCUGUGUCCCAGCUGCUCAGCUAUCAGAGCUGGUGGAAAAGGUUGCUGUGGGAAAGGCUGCUGUCAAAACCGGUGUAGGAUGCUGAACUCUGUGUUCUGCUCGGCAUUUGGCUUGGCAGGGGCGGUAUACUGCACCAGUGUCUCUUCAGCCGGCCUGGCCAUUGGACCAAAGUGUAAGCUGGAGGACAACAAGUGGCAGUACCCCUUUGAGAACCUUCCCAAAAACGAGAGUUAUCUGACGAACAAGGAGUUGUGGACGCAGUGCGUGGAACCACAAAACAUCGUGCUGUGGCACAUCGUCCUCUUCUCCAUCUUGCUGUGCUUGGGCCUGUUGCAGCUAAUCCUGUGUGGCAUCCAGGUGAUUAACGGCUGCAUGGGAUGCCUCUGCGGAGACUGUCGCAGCAGCGGCAAGGAGGACGAUGAGGGACUCUGACAGGCCCAGGUGUGAGAGAGGUGGAUUUCUCUGCCAUCACCCCAUGUCCAUACUGAAUAAGAUUCAGCAUCCUCGUGAUUGUUUGAUGUUGACGUCCGCGAGUUUUGGGUACCAACAUGCUCUACAUUAGAAAGCACUGUUGACCUGUAAUUAACUUACUGAGGAAAAAUGUUUUAGCUCUCUAUGUGAGCAGUGGUGGCUUGAUAGUUAGGGACACGCACUUGUAAUUGAAAGAUUCCAGGUUUGAAUCCCCGACCAGCAAGGCACCACUGAGGUACCCUGAGCUAGGUACCACCCCCAAGCACUGCUCCCCGGGCGCUGAAUUAGCUGCCCCUCUGCUAUGUCACAUUGUCACAUAUGGGUUAAAUGCACAUUUUGUCGUUGUGUGCUGUGGUGUGUCAACAAUGACAAUUAAUCACUAAAUUCAAAUUCGUGUAUCUGCAGUCAGACAUUGCUGGUAACUUCCAUCCAUCCAUCCAUCCAUCCAUCCAUCCAUCCAACUAUCCAUCCAUCCAUUUUCCAAACCGCUUAUCCUACUGGGUCGCGGGGGGUCCGGAGCCUAUCCUGGAAUCAAUGGGCACGAGGCAGGGAACAACCCAGGAUGGGGGGCCAGCCCAUCGCAGGGCACACCCACACACCAUUCACUCACACACCAUUCACUCACGCAUGCACACCUACGGGCAAUUUAGCAACCUGGUAACUUCCAUUUCAACAAAAUUACAACAUUGUUCCCUCACAUUAUAUGUUCAGCAGCUGCCUUUUCAUUCUGUUUCCAAUUGGCAAUUUUCAAGUGCAUUUUAAGAUUUUUAUGUAUCUCGUCAAAAAUUGUAUCAAAAUUUCAUUUUAUUGUUGAGACCGGCAAGGUCAGCCUUAGUCCAGUGAGCUUUCAUUUUACAUUCCAAAAAUAAAACCAUGCAAAAGAACAGCACAAUCUAUUGGAUUUUCGAUUGUGGUGUUUCUUCUUCCAUCAUCGCGUCUCUGAGCAGGACUGUUUUUACCCACUUAGCAAGAACAAAACUAACCGUGAUGCAUUUCACAGUUUAACAGCUUGUUCCUUGCGACUUCUGCACAAAGCUACGCCUGCGUGUGAUGCGAUGUGGGUUCAGGGUGAGAGUCUCACUAAUGCUGUGACAGUGUGUACACCGAGGCGAGGGUGAUAGGGUUAGCGCUGUACUGACAACCUCCAUUGCCUCAUAUUGCUCUAGGCAGCCGCUUCUCGUGAAACGGAAGAAUGGAGAGGGAAAAAAUGACAAAACAGAAUGAAUGUACAAUGGGAGAGAGAGAAUAGCAGGCAGAGAGAAUGGAGGACUGUGAUAUAAAGGCUCCCCCCAUCUGGCAGGCUCCACCCAUCUGGCAGGCUCCACCCAUCUGGCAGGCUCCACCCAUCUGGCAGGCUCCACUCCAUCACACUUGUGUUGCAUAAAAUUUGACCCUUACUGACCAAGAAUAAUAUAUGCUGCCGCGAAAAUUAUUUUCUGCAUUUUUGCAUGUUUUGACACUGAACGUUCGUCAACCAAAAGCUGAGCAUUACACAAAAUGUGAACGUGAACAAAUAGUAAAAUGUUGAUAUUCUUUAUUUAAUCAUGUUUCCCUGCAUGAAAAAGAAGUUAUUGAUGCAAUAACUGGAGUAACAGGUUUAGUGGAGGAGUGUAAAAACAUCCAAGGGGCAAAGCGUUACUUGAAUGCCUUUUCAUGGCUGUAUAUAGACAGACAAACGCCAGGCAGAGUAACCUCAGAGUAGUUCAGCUUUCGGUGUAAUUUUACUCAUCUAAGUGAGGUUACUCUCACUGUGGGCAACCCCUUGCCCACAUUUCCCAUUUCCCAGCUUCUAAACAGAGUCACGGAUUAGCAGGUAUAACCUGAGUGGAUGAUGAGUACUGCAUCAAGCAGCUGUGUCUCGUCUGGGCAUCCCGGCGGCUUCCCAGCAGCCCAGGGACAGAUAGCUACCCCAGCUCAUCUCACAGCACGGUCAUCACGUACCUUUCUGUAGCAAUGGCUGCGUCUAGACCCGCCUCCUUCAGCACCGCCUCCUCAUUCAUAGGUUCACAUAAAUGUGAACUGUGUGUUUCAGACCUUGGCCACAGCAUUUUAAUAGGGAUAGAUUUCGACUUUGGCUAGGACUAAAACUUUUAUUAUUUUUUUUUAGUUCAUCAAUUCUUCAACCAUGCUAAAGCAGACCUAAUAUUUUGUCUCAGACUUCAGGCACGUUUUCAACCAUAAAUAACGACCCACUGCUGUCGUGCAUGAACAUUCUGUUUUGCUGCACAUAACUUGACCCAUUUCAAGCACAAGUAUUUUCCCCACUCUGUAGAUCUCUUGUGGUUUUUGACAAACUUGAGAUGAGCACUUAAGUAAGCAAUACUUUCCACGUUGUAGCCACUAUAUUGCCCAUUCGUCUAACUUUGCCGAGAGAGAGUGAGAGAGACCAGCAGAUGUCUGUAUACUGUUAAAGGUUUCUUUGCUACGUCUGACGCCUUGUUCUUGGAGACAUUUUAGCAGCCCAACCUCUUAUGAGAAGAUUUUCUAAAAUUGACUCAUUUGCUCAAUAUGGUUCUGAUUGCAGGCUGUGAUGCCCUGCAGUCUUAGAAUUAACCGUUACUAGACCGUUUUUAAGAUAACUUCUUUAGUAAUUCCUUUUAAUCAUGGCAUGACGUGCCUCUACAAUUUGUAAGUUCCCUCUGAUGGCGGUAACCAGAGUCAAUCACAUUUAUACUGGGUUAGGCCUGAUCAGUUACAAAGUAUUCAGAUGGCUGAUCCAAAUCAUGCCUUAAUAUGGACAGGAGAAGAUACUUUUUCAUACUACAGUCUCAAAAAAAAGCAUUAGUUAGCAGCCAUACACCCUGCAAUUUUAACUAGAUAAUCCAUCUGAAGCUAAGCAGGUUUGGGCUUAGCUAGUACUUAGAUGGGAGACCAACAGGGAAAGCUGAUCUGACACUGUGCUGUACUUCAAAUAUGAUGGAAAUUGCUUUGGGUGCCUUGAGAUGUGCUAUGUGACAUACAUUCAAUAAGCAAUAAGCGUUUGGGGAUUUUGA